CAUCUUGACUUCGUAUCACGGCUCGCCAUUUCCUCACAUCUUGACUGGACCUUCAUCUUCGCUUCGUACCAUCAUUUGCGACAGACUCUCAUCAUCGGUGUUUCCUAGAGGCCAUGCCCGCCUUGACGGCGUCCAAAUCCCACACCUCCAGCAUGCCUUCCACACCCAUCGAACCGGCAAAACGGACCUUCACUGGAGCUAAUCUCAACCCCAAUGCCAAAGUCAGCAACUCCGCUGGGCAAAAGAUCAAAAACUUCUUUCGCAUCAACGGCAAGAAUGAGGCCACCUCGGCCAACACAUCAGAAAAGGGCUCCUUCCACAGUGAUACCCAGCCGGACAUCAACUACAAGACCUCCUCAACACAAAGCGCAAAAGCCAGCGCGAGGAGCAGUCGGUUCAUCCCUCAUCUCGGUCGGAGUAGAACGAACACCGUAGCAUCAGAGGGACACCCGCUCGACGACGCAUUGAGUCCGACGGCCACUGCCAACCCAUACUUCCAACAUCAGGGCCCACCUGCGUUGCGGCAUCACGAUGCCGGUAGCAUCCCACCCUCACCACCGGACACUCCCAGAGGAUCGAAAAAGAUUGCGCCUCAGGGCGAAGGGAAAGAGACCUUGUCGGCAUCAGGAAAGGAAGAGCUCGCGCGGAAACUACGACGUGUCGCCAGUGCACCCAAUGCACAAGGGUUAUUUAGCAAAGGCAAGAAGAACAACGGCGACAGCCGACCGACGACGGCAGACGAGGAUGCAUUGGCACCGCCCAAGCCUAACGGCAUGGGAGCACACAGCAAUGCCAGCGCGAUGAGUUUGGGAGGGUCGGCGUUGAUCGACGACAAUUCAUUGACCGUGCCAGACCUUCCUGGCGAUAUGUCGCCGGGCAAGAUUCGCAAUAACAUUGCUUUCCGGCGGACGUACAGCAGCAACAGCAUCAAGGUCCGCAACGUCGAGGUCGGGCCGAGUAGCUUUGAUAAGAUCAAACUCAUCGGGAAAGGAGACGUGGGAAAGGUUUAUUUGGUUCGGGAGAAGAAGAGCUCCCGAUUGUAUGCUAUGAAAGUCUUGUCGAAGAAGGAAAUGAUCAAGCGAAACAAGAUCAAGCGCGCUCUGGCGGAACAGGAAAUCCUGGCGACCAGCAACCACCCAUUCAUUGUCACACUAUAUCACUCGUUCCAGUCAGAAGACCAUCUCUAUCUAUGCAUGGAAUACUGCAGCGGAGGAGAGUUCUUCCGCGCUCUGCAAACUCGACCCAAUAAGUGCGUCGACGAAGAUGCCGCUCGCUUCUAUGCUGCCGAAGUCACCGCGGCUUUGGAAUACCUUCAUCUCAUGGGAUUCAUCUACCGAGACCUCAAACCCGAAAACAUCCUUCUUCACCAGUCCGGCCACAUCAUGCUUUCAGAUUUUGAUCUUUCGAAACAAUCCGACGCCGCUGGUGUUCCUGGCAUGAUCCUCGCAGGUGGCCGCAAUGCCAGCGGCGGCAUUUCCAGCAACCCUGCCCCGAACAACCUUCCCACCAUCGACACUAAGAGCUGCAUCGCCGACUUCCGCACCAACUCGUUUGUCGGUACAGAGGAGUACAUCGCACCCGAGGUCAUCCGCGGGAACGGCCACACCAGUGCCGUUGACUGGUGGACCUUGGGCAUCCUGAUCUACGAGAUGCUAUUCGGCACCACGCCUUUCAAGGGCAAGAACCGCAACGCGACGUUUGCGAACAUUCUACGCGACGAGGUCCCGUUCCCCGAAGGAUCCGGGAGCCCGAACAUCUCCAACCUCUGCAAAUCUCUCAUCCGAAAGCUCCUCAUCAAAGACGAACUCCGCCGUCUAGGCUCCCGCGCCGGCGCCAGCGACGUCAAAGCCCACCCCUUCUUCCGCCCCACCUCCUGGGCCCUGCUCCGGCACAUGAAGCCCCCCAUCAUCCCGAACGCCGGGCGGGGCAUCGACACGGUGAACUUCCGCAACGUCAAAGAGAGCCGGGACCAGCCGAGCAUGGACCUGGGCGGCGGCGGCGCCAAAGUCCUGGUCAACAAAGGGCUGGGCGUGCCCGCGAGCAACAUGAAGGGCGUCCCCCUCGACUCCGGCCUCGAGACCCCCCGGGGUGAGAUCGCGGAUCCCUUUGAGGAGUUCAACAGCGUCACGCUGCAUCACGACGGCGAUGACGACAGUCACCACCAUCAUCCGGCCAUGCAGGCGGAGAGUUCUGGGCCGGGGACGCCGGGCAGGGCGAGGUGAUGAGUUUGCGGUUGCUCUCUUGAAACAUAGGGAUGUGGGGAUCUGGGCAUGUGUUGCAUUUCAGGAUGCAUGCGGAGGCAGAGCUGAGAACGAGUCCACGACGGGAGAAAAGUGGACCGCUCCCUCUUGGUCAUGCCCUUUUUAGUCUCGCCUCUUCUAAUACAGUUCGAGGCCUUUGGCGUUUUUCUUUCCGGCACUUUCUCGCAUUACGAUUUUAGAGAGAAGACCAAAAAAAGAAUGGGAAUAGGAAUGUACAAGGGGGGGCCGACUUUGACUUUCUCUCUCUCUCCCUCUCUCUCCUAGUAGUAAAAACAACCCCUUCAAAAGACAAACAACAACCACAA